GGGACCACUACUGCUGCCUCCUGCCGCGUGUCCCUCGCCGCCCACUGUCGUUCCGCCGCUGCCAUGGCAACCGCGCUCUGCCCGCUCCGCACCCUCGGCUGCGCCGCGCUGCGCCCCCGCGGCCGCCGCCUCCACCUCAGCGCGCCCAGAGAUGAUGCAGUUGUGAUUUCUGGAAGGAAGCUGGCCCGACAGAUCAGGCAGGAAGCCCGUCACGAGGUUGAGCAGUGGGUAGCGGCUGGAAACAAGAGACCUCACCUCAGUGUUGUUCUUGUUGGUGAAAAUCCAGCGAGUCACUCCUACGUACUGAACAAAACCAAAGCGGCUGCUGACGUUGGAAUCAGCAGUGAGACCAUCCUCAGGCCAGCUUCUGUUUCCGAAGAGGAGCUACUGGAUUUGAUCGGCAAACUCAAUAACGAUGCCAAUGUGGAUGGCCUGUUAGUACAGCUCCCUUUACCUGAGCAUAUUGAUGAACGCAAGAUUUGUAAUGCUGUGACUCCAGAUAAAGAUGUUGAUGGCUUUCAUGUGAUAAAUGUGGGGCGCAUGUGCCUUGACCAGUAUUCCAUGCUGCCGGCUACCCCGUGGGGGGUGUGGGAGAUCAUUAAGAGAACUGGCAUCCCAACGCUGGGGAAAAACGUGGUGGUGGCUGGCAGGUCAAAGAAUGUGGGCAUGCCCAUAGCCAUGUUGCUGCAUACAGAUGGCAGGCACGAGCGUCCGGGAGGUGAUGCCACAGUCACAAUAUCCCACCGCUACACUCCCAAGGAGCAGCUGAAGCAACACACGAUCCGUGCCGAUAUUGUGGUAGCAGCAGCAGGCAUACCCAAUCUGAUCACGGCCGAUAUGAUCAAAGAAGGAGCUGCGGUUAUUGAUGUGGGGAUAACGAGGGUGCAGGAUCCCGUCACUGCCAAAUCAAAGCUGGUUGGGGAUGUGGAUUUUGAAGGGGUGAAGAAGAAAGCCAGCUACAUCACUCCGGUCCCCGGGGGCGUUGGGCCCAUGACGGUUGCCAUGCUGAUGAAGAACACCAUCAUUGCUGCCAAGAAGCUGUUGAAACCCAAAGAGCUGGAAGCACUAACUGCUUAAUGUGGGACUCUCUAGCACUGAACAUGACAUUCCAAACAAUGCCAAACAGGCCGAUAGAAAAUGCAAUAUUUUUAUUUAUUUUAUUGGAAUUUCCUAUUCUGAGGCAAUAGAUAUUUAUUUGAAGCUGAAGCAUAUGCACGUUAGUCGUACUGAGGUGGAAGCAUCUACACUCCUGGCCUCCUUGUGUGAGUGAAGCUGCUUGAUUUUAAGCUAGCUCUUCUAGAAAGCUGGCCCUGCUCUUGUAGGGACCAGGCAGCAGUUGGGAUCCUGGGGGUGCAGCUCCCCUGGGAGCCUGGUGCAAUCCCGGGGGGAGGCAGAGCACUGCUCUGUGGUACAAAAGCAGCGGCCUCUAGGGUCUGCUUGUGUCUGACUCAUGCUGGAGUCUUCAUGUUUAGUUUGAGUUAAGCUCUUCUGUAGAAGAAUUACUUGAAAAUAAGAGCCAUAUAUCUGUUCUCAGCUGGGGCAGCAGAUCUGUUGUAACAUGUUCUCCUAGUGUGCAGCUAAGCUGUUUUUUUUUUUUUUGCUAGUUGGGUGGUGACUUUUUUAAAAGCCUUUUUUCUAACCAAAAAAUGGGUGGGCUGUUGGUAUCUACAUCGGGCAGACAGGUGGUUUCCUGGACUGUAUUGUAAAGUGUACAAGUACUUAGUGAAUAACUCUAAAUAAAGUACAAGAGAAAAAAUCCCAUAUCCUGCCUGUGUCCUAGAACUAUUAGCAAGCAAGUUUCUCCCAGAAAAGGCAAGCUGCCCCUGAAAUAGUUUAUUAAAGCACUUGUGCUGCAAGCUCCCUCUUGUCCCUACACAGCUUUUUUAGCUAAGAAAAAAACCCCUAAAAACUAAACUAAGGUUACUUUUUUCCUGAACUACAUCAAGGUGACAGUGUUGUGUUGGGUUUUGUGUGGCAAGGUUUUGGUAGUGGGGGGGCUACAGGGGUGGCUUCUGUGAGAAGCUGCCAGAAGCUCCCCCUGUGUCUGACAGAGCCAAUGCCAGCCGGCUCCAAGACGGGCCCGCCGCUGGCCAAGGCCAAGCCAAUCAGCGCCUCUGUGAUAACAUAUUUAAGAAGAAGAAAAACACUUAGAGAGAGCGAGCUUUUGCAGCCGGAGAGAGGAGUGAGAAGAUGUAAGAAACUCUGCAGACACCAAGGUCAGUGCAGAUGGAGGGGGAGGAGGUGCUCCAGGCGCCGGAGCAGAGAUCCCCCUGCAGCCCGUGGUGAAGACCAUGGUGAAGCAGGCUGUCCCCCUGCAGCCCAUGGAGGAAGGAUGAGGGGGUGUAGAGAUUCCACCUGCAGCCCGUGGAGGACCCCACGCCGGAGCAGGUGGAGGCACCUGAAGGAGGCUGUGGCCCGUGGGAAGCCUAUGCUGGAGCAAGCUCCUGGCAGGACUGGUGGACCCGUGGAGAGAGGAGCCCACGCCAGGGCAGGUUUGCUGGCAGGACUUGUGACCUCGUGGGGGACCCAUGCUGGAGCAGUUUGCUCCUGAAGGUCUGCACCCUGUGGGAGAGGGACUCCAUGCUGGAGUAGGGGAACGAUGAGAGGAGUCCUCCCCCUGAGGAUGAAGAAGCGGCAGAAACACCGUGAGAUGAACUGACCGUAACCCCCACUCCCUGUCCCCUUGUGCCGCUGAGGGGGGAGGAGGUCGAAGCCGGGAGUGAAGUUGAGCCCGGGAAGAUGGGAGGGGUGGGGGGAGGUGUUUUAAGAGUUGAUUUCAUUUCUCAUUGCUCUACUCUGUUUUGCCUAGUAAUAAAUGAGAUGAAUUCCCUCUC